AUGCCCUCGGUGUUGUCGUUACCGUCUGAUCUGAGUAGGCCUAUUAUGGCCUUGCUUAAAUCGGCGCAGUCUCAUGGAAAUCUUGACCACAUUUUGAAAUCCAUACGUGCUUUAAACCUACAAUGGAGAUCGAAUCCAGUGCUUUUAUUCUUGCUGACUAUAGGCUCGUCCUCUGCGAUCGGUUCCGUCUAUGUUUUGCAGAAGCUGUUGAACCGCAUAAAAGCAAGAAGACUCGCUGUUAGGGCCUCUAGCGGUAAUCUGAAGAGAGGAUCCAGACUCCUAAGUGUUCCGUACAAAGACAGACAGCUUCAAAUUGUGCUCCCACCGAUGAACUCUGACAAGUAUGAGAGUGACAAGCUAAUUUUCAAGUCUUUUAUGAAGGAUCAGACUAGCUCAAAAAUUGAGGAUGACGAUAACAUGAAGGGAAACUCCUCGAUUAUGGACUCCAAGUUUUUGAAAAAGCUUUUUAUCAUUUGGAGACUCAUACUCAUCCCAAAGGUGAUGGAUAAGAAUACCACUUUGUUACUGGCACAGAUAGUGGGUUUGGUAUUGCGUACAUGGUUAUCGUUACUGGUGACCAAGCUAGAUGGUCAGAUAGUCAAAGACCUCAUUGGACUGAAGGGGCGGAAGUUUGCCCGAGACCUGGUGUAUUGGUUCCUUUUUGCUGUGCCAGCAUCGUACACUAAUGCUGGUAUCAAAUAUCUGACCAAAAGACUUGCCUUGAACUUCAGAACAAACCUGGUGAGAUAUGCUCAUGACUUGUACAUGGACCCUAGAUUGGUUUAUUACAAGUUACAGUUCAAUCAGUCACAACUGGCUCCUGAGUACCAACUAGACUACAGAUACAUUGAUCAGUACCUUACCGAGGACAUCAACCGGUUCACAGAGACUCUGAGUUCUCUAUUCUCUAACACCGGUAAGCCCUUCAUGGACCUGAUUUUUUUUGCAUUUUACCUCAGAGAUACUCUGGGAACUGCAGGAAUCAUGGGCAUCUUCUUCAACUACUUUCUGACUGGUUGGUUCCUUAGACUGAGGGCACCCAACUUCAACUCAAUGUUGAAGAAGAAGACUACUCUCGAAGGCAUCUUCUUCAACUACAAUAUCAAUCUGAUCAACAAUUGUGAGGAGAUUUCAUUUUACCAGGGCAUUGUCUUAGAGAAACUGAAGAUAAAGUCGAUUUUCGACAGCUUAUUAAAACAGACCACUCAUGAGAGCAAUCAGAGGUUCAUUUAUGGAUUCUGGGAAGAUUAUGUUUUGAAGUAUUCCUGGUCAGGCCUGGGAUAUUUAUUUGCUAGUAUUCCUAUUGUCUUUGCACCCCAGACCAAGACUGUCUCCAGUGAGACGAAAAACAUGAAGCAAUUUAUUGUUAACAAGAGACUGAUGCUUUCAAUGGCUGAUGCGGGAAGCAGAUUGAUGUACUCGAUCAAAGACCUUGCGAGAUUGUCCGGUUAUACAGAUAGGAUCUUUACAAUGCUACUGUCUCUGCAUCAGGUUCAUGAUAAUGCAUUCCAGUAUGGCUUACCAUCUCCACAACAAGCUGGUUCCGCUUCGGGAUCUGCAAACACGGGAUUCGGUUCCAGUGCAAGACUGUCUUCGUUUGCGAGCUCCAGAAAUCUGUUAAUGAUGAGACGUCAAACGUCUUUCAUGAACUCCAUGGCAAAUGGUAUCCAUGGAACGAUUCAAAAACGCUAUCCAGGUAUAAGAUUUGAGAAGACACCACUUAUUAUCCCUUCACCAAAGGGCGUUGAAGGAGAGCACCUCUUGGACGGUUUGAACGUUAAGAUUGGGCGGUACGAUAAUUUGCUGAUUCUAGGAAAGAACGGUUCAGGAAAGACCUCCAUCAUGAGACUCAUUGCUCAAUUGUGGCCGCUUUAUUCUGGCCUUCUUUCCAAACCAUCAGAUGCAGACAUAUUGUACAUUCCACAGAAACCAUACUUCUAUGAAUCUGGUACUCUCAGAGAUCAAAUUAUCUACCCCAUGAGCAUGGCCGAUAUGGUAGAGCGUGGGGUCAGUGAUGACCAGUUGGUUCAUUAUUUGGAGGAGGUUGGACUGGGCUACCUUUUUGAAAGGUUUGGAAGAGACCUGAGUUUUUGUCCCACCAAACAUGCCGAAGAAACAAAUAUCGUCGUUGAUGGAAAAUCUGCGGAUGCGAACAGAAGUAGAGCCAUGUCUACUUCGUCCUCUACAUCUUCAGACAUUACGGGUACCUCUUGGAAGACUUUACUGAGUGGCGGAGAAAGGCAGAAAUUGGUAAUGGCUAGGAUAUUGUUCCAUAACAAAUCGUUUGUUGUGCUGGAUGAGCCAACGAGUGCUAUUUCAUAUGAUAUGGAAGCACAGCUAUUUGAGACCUUGAUCAAAAAGAGAUUCACCUUUAUCACUUUGAGUCACCGUCCUCUGUUGAUGAAGUACCAUGAUUGUUGUCUGGAAUUGAAGGAGAGCGAAGACUCCAACAUCUGCAGUUGGGAGUUCAGAAGAUUGGCUUCCAGAAAUAAGGGAAAUACCACCAGUUCCAAGUCCAGUAAUUACGAUGCGAUCAUAGAACGCGAGAUUGACGAGUUGAAGACUGAGUUGGCCCAGACAGAGGAGAUCUCAACCCGCAAGCAACAACUUAUCGAAUUGUUGAAGUAA